AUGCGUUCUGCUUUAAUGCUUGCUGCCUUGGCAGCCACCUGCGCCAAUGCCUUCGAGAAGCGUGUUUAUGUGACUGAUUGGACUACCGUCACUGUUACUACGACUGUUACUGCGCCCACCGUGACCGAGACUUUGCCUCCAAUGGAGAAGGCUCAGGUUGAGUCCUCGGAUACCGAACUGUACAAGAAGUCGACUGUGUUGCCCGAUAAAGAUGCUACACCUACUACCACUGCUCACAAACACCACCAUGAGGAAACCUCUACCUCUACUUCCUUGUCCUCUACUCUCACUUCUACUGUCGAGCCCGCCGCACCCACUACUAUGGCAACCUCCACCUCUAGUUCCAGCUCUAGCACCAGCUCCACUUCCACCACUACCUCGAGCUCCGAAACUGCUUCAGCCACCAGCGCCUACCAGCAGAAGAUUCUCUACAACCACAACAUUCACCGUAGCAACCACUCCGUCUCCUCACUUGAGUGGUCUGCCGACCUUGAGUCGAGUGCCUACACCCUUGCCGCCCGUUGUGAUUACGAGCACGACACAAGCAUUGAUGGCGGCGGCUACGGUCAAAACAUUGGUUAUGGUGUUGGAUCUAGUGACAUUGGUGUCAUGAUCACCAACCUGAUGUACAACGAUGAGAUCGAGUACUACCCCGGUUACGGCUCAAACCCCAGCAUGACCAACUUCGAUAAGUGGGGUCACUUCAGUCAGAUCGUCUGGAAGGCUACCACUCAUGUUGGCUGUGCUACCGUGACCUGCGAUCCAUUGGAUGGUGUUGACUCUUCUGAGGCCUUGCCGUUCACUGUCUGCAACUAUUCCCCGGUCGGCAAUGUUGAGGGUGAAUAUGCCGAUAACGUGUUGCAGCCUGAUGGCGGUGCUACUUACACCGCUUAA